ACUUAGAUCAAUCAGGAAAUUCUUUCUUUCAAGGAUUGUCUGUCUCAAUCACAAAUUUAUCAUGUUUGGAGCAAUUGAUAAUUUCAGGCGCAAAUUUUUUUGGAGGAUUGCCAGACUCGGUGGGUAAUCUUGUGUCCUUGAAGUUUUUAGAUCUCUCCUAUUCCAACUUAUCAGGACCGGUUCCAAAAUCACUGGGGAAUCUCUUGCAACUCACUCAUUUAGACUUAUCCGGGAACCAGUUGAGUGGACAAAUUCCAAGAUCAUUGGGGAACCUCUUGCAACUCACUUAUUUAGGCUUGUGGCAAAACCAAUUGAGUGGACAAAUUCCAAGAUCAUUGGGGAACCUCUUGCAACUCACUUAUUUAGGCUUGUGGCAGAACCAAUUGAAUGGACAAAUUCCAUUGUCAAUUCUAAACCUAACGCAGCUGGAAUACUUGAGAAUAGCUGGAAAUGCAUUAAAAGGUUCUAUUCCAGAUGAGUGAAUUCCCCCAAUUUUUAAAAGGGCUUAAAAGUUUGGAAAGCUUAGACCUCUCUUGCAACAAAAUUGAAGGCAAGAUUCCACAGUGGAUGCAAGAGGUGGGGAAUGACUCUUUGACUUACUUAAAUGUAUCUCACAACUCUUUGACAGAAGUUGAGCACUUUCCAUGGAAGAAUAUUGAAUUUCUUGACUUAAGCUCCAAUUUGAUCCGUGGAAAUCUUCCGAUUCCAGCUUCGACCAUCAAUGUCUUUCUGAUCUCAAAUAAUAGUUUCAAUGGAGAGGUCUCUUCUUUAAUCUGCAAUGUCACUUCUCUUCGAAUUCUUGAUUUGUCCCACAAUAACUUGAGUGGAACAAUUCCGCAAUGUUUUGGAAAUUUGAGCUACGGCCUUGAAUUCUUGAAUCUGAAGAAGAACAAGUUUUAUGGGACGAUUCCUCCAACAUUUGCAGAGGGAUGCCAAUUGAGUAAUUUCAACUUAAAUGGAAAUCUGUUAGAAGGGCUUUUGACACCAUCCAUCCUUAAUUGUAAUGGUCUGGAAGUGCUAGAUCUUGGUAACAACAAGAUCAAUGAUACAUUUCCUCAUUGGUUGGGAAGUCUUCCAUUUUUGCAAGUUCUUGUAUUGAAGUCAAAUCAUAUGCAUGGUUCCUUAUGUGUCAAUAGCUCUAAGUCUAGCCCUUUUUUCUCUAAAAUCCAAAUUUUUGACCUCUCAAGUAACUAUUUUUCUGGACCCCUACCAGUGAGAUACAUCAACAGCUUCAAGGCUAUCAUAAAUGUAGAGAAGAUUGGUAGUACAGUGUCGUACAUGGGGGUGAAUGAUGAUGGAGGUGACUUCUAUACCUAUUCCAUUGGAAUUGUUAUGAAAGGGAGAGAUAUGGAAUUGGUGAAAAUUUUCACCAUGUGGAUGAUCAUUGAUCUAUCAAACAAUCAGUUUGAAGGGGGUAUUCCAAAGGUUAUUGGGAAGCUUAACUUACUGAAAGGGCUCAACCUUUCUCAUAAUAACCUUAAUGGUGAUAUCCCCACCUCAAUAGGGAAUUUGACAAGUCUUGAAUGGUUGGACCUAUCUUCAAACAGGUUGUCUGGGAUGAUUCCAAAUAGAUUGGCAGAUCUGCCAUUUCUUUCGUCCUUAAAUGUUUCUGAAAAUCAACUCCAUGGUCAGAUUCCUCAAGGCAAACUAUUCAACACAUUUGGAAAUGAUUCAUAUGAAGGGAAUAAGGGACUAUGUGGAUUUCCGGUCUCGAAAGGUUGCAACAUCAUUGAGCCAGCACCUCCAAAUGUGCUUGAAAAAGAUGGCUCAAAAUCAAACAUUGCUUUUGGUUGGAAAGUGGUGUUGAUAGGUUAUGGAUGCGGAGUGGUGUUCGGAAUGUCCGUGGGAUAUGUUGUUUUCCAAACUGGUAAGCCGAAAUGGUUGGUGAAUUUGGUUGAAAACCAACAAGAGAAGAGGCGAAGAAGAAAGUCAAAGAAAGGCAAUCGUAGCAGUAGACGAAGAAGGAUCUAAUUACUGCAAAUGAUGUUCAAGAAUUAGUGUUGUAUUUUCAUAAUUUCUUGUUUUGUAGACCGUUUUGCCUAUGGUGAAGGGUUGCAUUGGGAUCUGUCUGUCUUUAUUAUUGUACCAAUUCCUCUGUCUUUCAUUGCAUUUCGUACUAUCUGUAAUGGUUUGUUUGAGUGUAACAUUUUGUAUGGUGGUGUUGUUUAUGUCUUCUUUCAUGGAUUUCAA